CAUCGUUGUCCAAAGCGUUUCUCAGCCAUGGAUCGUGUAGUUUGGGGCGUACUGGGCUCUUUGAUCAUUGCUGUGUCCGUUGCUGUGUUCAUUGUGCGGCUGAAUGGAGAAAACAAUUCAAAAGUGCUUCAAGAACAAAGAGAAUCAAUUGCAGAAUAUCGAGUGGAGUUGGAACUGAUCCAUGAUCUACUGAGCAAGAUGCAGCAAGAGAUGAAUGAAACAAAGUGGAACUUUGAGGUGCAAAAGCCUAUUACAUUCGAACUGUUGGGCAAGAUGCAGCAAGAUAUUCAAACUCAAAGGAAGGAGAUCGCAAAUGAUCGCGAGAAGGUGUCGAAGUGGCAGGCAGAGUUUCAAACAUCGAGCAAGACGAUUGAAAAUGAAACAUCACAUAUUUUGAAGGAUGCUUUGCGAGUUAUUCCAGCCAAUCGAAAAUUGCUAGAGCAAAGCAUCGAAUUACUGCAGCAAGAUAUGAAAAAGUGCCAAGAAGCAAUCGCAGACAAUCGGGCAAAACAGGAACUAAACAGCAAAUUAAUUGAAGACAUGUCGCAAGUACUGAUCGAAUUGAAAUCAGAAUUAUCGACGCAACGAGAUGAAGCCAGCAACAAUCGAAACGAAAACCUCAAACAAAUGCAGCAAGUAAAAAGCGAUCAUGAGCAGAUGCGCUCAAUAAUGAAUAUGCAUCCUGGUCCAUAUCGGUCCUGCAAAGAUGUGCACAGAAAAUCGUCUGGAAAAUAUUAUAUCCGUGGAAAGGACGUUUUCGAUUCGUUCGUGGCUUAUUGUGAGCAGGAUAAGGCUGGUGGAGGAUGGAUGGUCAUUCAACAUCGCUUCGACGGAUCACUUAGCUUCGAUCGCAACUGGACGGACUACAGAAAUGGAUUUGGUGAAGUUGAAGGCGAGCAUUGGCUCGGACUAGAGCGAAUUCAUCAGUUUACGAAGGAACACGAUUGUGAGCUGCUGAUCGAGAUGAAGGAUUUCUACGAUAACUAUAAAUACGCGAAGUACUCCUCAUUUGCCAUCGGAAGCGAAAGCGAGCAGUACAACCUGACAACUGUGGGAGAGUAUAGAGGCACGGCGGGGGAUUCACUAAAAUAUCACAAAGGAAUGAAGUUUUCGACCCCAGAUAGAGAUAACGAUAUUGCCGAAAGUAAUUGUGCAGUAAAAUUUCAAGGAGGAUGGUGGUUCUACAAAUGUUACCAUGCAUUUCUCAAUGGAUUGUAUCAAAAUGAUAGUGGACGAAAUGAGAAAAUAAUUGCCUGGAAUGCUUUCAGCCAUGAUUAUCGAGGAUUAAGCUAUUCUAGAAUGAUGAUACGUCCAUUGAACUAG